UCCUAAGCCAGCACACCUUCAGAGUCUGGUGACGGAAGUCUCCUUUCUUCUGGCUGCUGGAACGUCACCCAUCAGUCCCAACAUGGAUGGAGGAGGAGGAGUAGGAGGAGCAAUAGGGAAGGGCCUAGUGUCCAACCUCAUCAGUCGCUUUGAGGAGAACAGCCGGCGGGAUGCUGAAAAGUCUUUAGAGAUCAUUGCCAUGGCUGCCACUCAUUCCAACUCUGCCAUUAGGAAAACAGAAAACCUUAAGAAAUUGCUGGAGAUUUAUGAGAUGCUGGGGGAGGAAGAGGACGUUGUGAACCCUUCGAAUGAGUUAAUAAAAGAGGGUCAUAUUCUGAAACUGGCAGCAAGAAACACUUCAGCCAUGGACAGAUAUCUCUUCCUAUUCAACAACAUGCUGCUGUACUGCGUUCCAAAGUUCAGCUUGGUGGGACAGAAGUUUACGGUUCGCACACGUAUCGGCAUUGAUGGCAUGAAGGUGACGGAGACGUACAAUGAGGAUUAUCCUCACACCUUUCAGGUUUCUGGAAAGGAACGGACACUGGAGCUGCAGGCCAGCUCUGAACAGGAUAAAGAAAGCUGGAUAAAGGCGUUCCAGGAAACGAUACACAUCUAUCUCCAGAAAAAUGAGACCUUUAAGUCAGCAUUCAAAGAUGUGGAGGAAGUAACGGAUCUCAAGAUAUCAGAACUGGGUAAAAGAGCUCCUCGCUGGAUUCGAGACAAUGAGGUGACCAUGUGCAUGAGGUGCAAAGAGGCCUUUAAUGCCUUAAUGCGCAGGAGACAUCACUGUCGGGCCUGUGGAUACGUGGUCUGCGGGAAGUGCUCAGACUACAAAGCCCCUCUGGAAUAUGAUGGGAAUAGGAUGAACAAGGUGUGCAAAGACUGUAACUCCAUCCUGACAGGCAAUAUAGACAGUGAGGAGAGGGAGGGCAAGAAGAAGGGCAUUCUAGAGAUUGAAGCUGCUCAGUUCUCGGGCAACAGUAUCAUGUGUGGCUUCCUGCAGUACUGCGAGAAGAACAAGCCCUGGCAGAAAGUCUGGUGUGUCAUUCCUCAAAAAGAAGCUCUAGUUCUCUACUUAUACGGAGCACCUCAGGAUGUCAAGGCCCAGUCCACGAUUCCUCUGCUCGGCUACCAGGUGGAGGACAUCCUGAGACCCACCGACCCUCCCGCGAGCUUCCGACUAUCUCAAUCUAAAUCAGUCCACAGCUUUGCAGCAGAGAGCGAGGAACUGAAACAGCGCUGGCUCAAAGUUAUCCGUAUGGCGGUGACGGGAGAGGAACCAGAAUCACCUGAAGACAACCAUUCUACGGAAAUCACCCAAGAGCCGAGCUCUAAUGGUGUCUGAGCAAACAGAGCAAACUCUCGUUGAAGAUUUUAGUACUGACGUGGCAGUGCUGUCGGUAGGAAAAGUGUUGACGCUCCCGUUUGCUGCGCCAUCACUGCUGGUCCAGUUGUCCUAAAGUUCCAUUUGGAUUUGAACGCAUCCAGAAUAUGGGGCUUUAAAGCACAUGGAUAUCAGCUUGACCCUUACUUGACAGAUUUGAAGUUCACAAAGGAUACAAACAAACGGGGCACAUGUGAAGUGUACAUGGAGGAACUAAGUCAUGCUAUUCAUCAUCACACCAUACUGACGCAGCACUGUUUUAAGCCUAAUGUAAAAAAUGUACAAUUCAGAACAUUUACAUGUUGUAUGUAUAGCAUAUUGAGGCAGAAAUCAAGACGUGUUGACACCGUUGAAAUAUAUAUAU